AUGGCACAACCGUCAUCUUCACCUUUUCCACCCGCCGUGGAAGUAAUUGAAGACUUUCCCCUUCAAUAUUCUUCUCCGCUUUCACUACGGAAGCAUCCAUGUCCUUCUCCACACGCUCCACCUGCGACCAACCUUGCGCACACUUACAACUACAAUUUCUCUGGCUCAGUGUACGAUGAGACCACUUCAGGUGCAGAGGUGGAAGAUCCAUCUCCUGAGCCGGCGGAGGAACAAGAGGAGGAUCUACUAGACACCGAACGACGCAUCUCGGGUUGCUCAUCUAUUUCGUCAUUCCCUGCCUCCGUGUCGCAGCACCUUUCUUCCAGACAAAGUCAAUAUGGAAGUCCAAGCACACCGAGCAAGCCUCACGCGGAAGCACCCCAAGCUGCAACGUCACCCACCGGUAUGGGGAAACCCAACUCACCUUUUCGCCACCCUAGCAGCAUCAGGGCUUUGCAAAUGAGAGAUGAGGUGCUGAGUGAUACCCAGAGUGUCCUUCGCCAUCACAGAUAUAGUGGCUCUCAGAGGUCGUCUUCCAGCCGCAGGACUGCUUACUCUCCACGUGCAUCUGCAAAACGAUCAUUCAGGUCGAGUGGGGGAUCGCCUAAUAAAGCCAACAGCAGUGUCAAGACCGAAUUUCCUCUUGUACUCCUCCACUGCACUCUACUGCCACCCGCCUUACUCUCACAAUCGACUGCUCAGGAAGACUUGAUAGUGGAGCUGCUGCCGGAAGAAUACAAGAGACGAUGGACUACAUUACGAGAAAAACUUGUCGGAGAUGUAGAAGUCAGAACGAGAGGAAUUCUGAUACCUCAUCCAAAAGAGGACUACGACCUUCUGGAAGAACGGCUCCUGGAAAGCCUUGAUCUUCAACAUCCUCGCAUCCGGCAUGACCACUACUUCCAAGCCGAUCCUGCUGGGACUGACAGUGGAUUUGAGAGCGGUAGCCUCACAGGAGACGAGGUCGAACAAGAUCGCCCACAUGACAAGUGUCCCGAUUGUGGCCGCCCGGUUAAUACUGGCGAGGUUACACGCAAGUGGGAUGUCAAAGUCUUCGCAGCAAACGGCUUAAUGCGAGCAGGAGCAUGGGCCGCGGCAUGGCAAGAGAUGGAAAAGGUCGACGUGGAAAUCAGAGUAUGGUUACCCCAGGAGAUGCGUCGGGACCUGGAGGACAAACUUGCUCUGCUGGGAAUCACACCACCUGAGGUCAUCCAGCAAGAGAAUGCACCCGUUUUUCAAGACGAGCAUCUCCAUGCACGGGAAACAGAGGUCUAUGGCGAGCCUGGCCGACAUCGAGGUCUCUCAAACUUCCACCCCUCCUAUGACUCAAGUCGACCCCAGGAAUCGACUGUGCCUGUUCCAGUCUUCGCAUCCAUAGUCGAAUUGAGCGCGCUGAUGCUAGGCUACGCACGGGGGUUUCGACACGGUCGCAAACCUAUUUUGAUCGGCAUAUUGAGUUUUCUCGUCUUGUUGUUUGCAUGGGAUGGCCGGACCACCUCGCCCGAUCCAAAUGCGUUCCACCCAGUCCUUGACCCAAGCCGACUUACCAAUGAAACUACCAGAAUUGGUACUGCUACAAGCGAAGCAGGUUCAAUAGCCACAGUCACCGUCACAACGUCAGUCAGCAUCCAGGUACCAUGCGUACCUGGUUACGAAGCACAUUCCGUGUCGACAAGCGCAAGCGGAAGUCAAAAGCCUACACCAGUUGUUCUCACAUCAGAGGCAGCACCGACCGUGACUGUGAAACUUCCAGAAAUGCGACAUUUAUCUUUCCCAGUUCUGGAAGCAGCCUUAAAUUGA